CCAGUUCUCUGAACUGCUCAAAAUUUCUGCUACAGGUUCUCCGAACUGCUCAAAAUUUCUGCUGCAGGUUCUCCAAACUCCUCGAAAUUUCUGCUACCAAUUCUCCAAACUGCUCAAAAUUUCUGAUGCAGGUUCUUCAAACUGCUCAAAAUUUCCGCUAUGGGUUCUCCGCACUGUUCAAAAUUUCCGCUACCGGUUCUCCGAACUGCUCAAAAUUUCCGCUACCGCCUCUCCAGAACCUGUCAGUACCUGCUGGAUUUCACCCCUAGCUUACUCCAAAAAGGAGCUGCGUUUGGCUGGGGUGGGUUGAACCUGCGUUUGCUGGAGGUGGGUUGAACCUGGGACGGCCGCCCUCCGCCCUCGCAGCCAGCCAACGCGAUCGGGAAGCACGCCCAGCCUUGCGCAACCAGCCCGGAGGAACCGCGAACGUGGGAACGGAGUGAGCGGGCGGGGACGAUCUCCUCCUCCUCUUCCUCCUCCUCCUCCUCCUCCUCUUCUUCUUCUCCAUCAUCCCCCCCCCUCCCCACGCCUCUGGCCAGCCAAGCCAACCAGAGUCCCCCCACCCCUGGAAGAGAAGCCAGAGGGGCGGAGGGGGGCGGCUGCUUUGCGUGGCCGGAGGCAGAGCGAGCUGCCAGCACUCACCGGCGCGCCUCCGCGGAAAGGCAGCACCCGGCGCUCUUUGCUCCGAGGGAGGAAGCGGCGGCCAGACGCGAGGCGGGGCGGAGGAAGGCGGGGAGAGAGAAGCGAUGGCUCACGGCUGACCGCAUCCGCGCCGGCUCGGCUCCGAAAAUCCCGGCGCUCCCCUCGUCUCUCGCUCGCUGGCUCAGCCUCUCCAUCUUUGAAGCGCUUCCCCGCCGCCGCCGCCGAUGGCGUUCAGCACCUCCUGGCAGCUCCUCUCGCCCGUCCAGUGGGCCAAGUGGACCUGGUCGGCCGUGCGAGGCGGAGGAGCCCCGGACCUCGAGCGGGAUGACCUGGACGCCGACGGAGAGCGGGGCCCGGCGGAGGACGCCGAAGAAGAGGAAGAAGAGGCGGCGGCGGCGCAGGCGGAGACCAAGUCGCUGAGUCUCAGUUCGGAUUCAGAAGGCAAUUUUGGGACUCCAGAGGCAGAGACGCCAAUCCACUCCUUGGGGAAAGAAUUGGAAGAGCUGGAUCUGGAACUGGAAGUCAUGCCCCAAGCGUCUCUGGAAGACCAGUUUGUCUCCAAAGUGUUGGAGGAGAUAUCAGCUUCAGCGGAGGAUGAAUUACAGACUGACUCUGCAAUCGUGCAAGCCAGUGACCCGUUUAUAUCAAAAGUCCACUUUGGAAUUGACCAGGGUUCAUCUGUGUCUUCUUCUGCAUUAGAGGCUACAGAGGAGAAUACUCUUCCAGCGAGGUUCAAUCCAGACCACACUUUGGGCGCGCUGUCCCAAGAGGAGCAAAGGGACAUUUUGAAGGAAAGCCGAGAGUUCCCCAUUCAGGAACCUUCAGAAGUCAAAUCAAGCAUUGAGAACAUUGCUAACAACAAGAGCAAGCUCCCGAGGGCGAAACCAAUCACUCUUCAAAAGAAAAUGGGGGGAGAGAACUCUGAGGCUGAAGUGACCACGGGAAGCCCCCCUAUUCCCAAAGCUACCUACCGCUUUGAUCCGGAGGAAUACAAUGAGACCAUGAACCCAUUUACGAUGGGAGGCUCCAAAUGUCCAAACUCGCCGCCUGCAUCUCGGACAGGUACUGACCUUCCCAAUAGUGACCCCAAGCAUCCCAGCUCAGCAGGAGCCGAAGAUUGCAAGACCCGGGCUGUGAAACUAGAGUUUGAUUUUGCCGAAGGAGCGGAAAACGCCGAGCCAAAGAAGCUCCCUGCAAGAAAAAUGGGAAAGAGGCCAAGCAGCAAGUUGUCUCCCAAGAGACAAAGAGGACCAACUGCCCGGCCUGUUGUAGGUCCCGAGAAUGGAGAGAAGACGAUAGCUCCUGAGGCAUCGGUAGCACCUCUGACCAAAGCUACCCCCGCGAUGGACACCAAUCAGUGGGAUGAUCCCGCCUUUAACCCCUUUGUGGGCAGCUCCUCUUUGCAGGAUUCACCCACGCUGACAAAACGUUCGUAUCAUUUGGACGUGGGUGACCCUUUCAAACCGAGCAAGACCUUGUCCAACGUAGGAGCCGAUUCUUGUCCUUCUGCGGAGAACAGCCUCAAUGAGAUCUUGGAGUCGCAAGCCCGUGAGGCCGCGGGGGAUGAUUUGAAGACAAGCUUGGCUACACAGAGCUCCAGAUCACGUCUGAUAACGAGUGGCUGCAAGGUGAGGAAGUAUGAAACUCAUUCCAUGGCGCUGGAUGGUUGCUCUCAGGGUGAAGAGGAGGCAGCCCUUAUUUCCAAAAUCCCAGAACUUCCCAGUCGAGACGGGCAUGCUACCGACGAAGAGAAGUUGGCUUCCACCGGUCAGAAGCCAGCUGAGUUGGAGGUAAAAGGUGAGCCCGAGGAAGAGCUGGAGUAUUUUGAGUGUUCCAAUGUGCCCGUGUCUACCAUAAAUCAUACGUUUUCAUCCCCGGUAGAAGGCUCUGAGAAAGAAUCUUUGUGCAGACUGGAAGAGAAGAAUAACUCCACUGAUAUCUCAAGUAAUCCUGAAGUUUGUUCUAUGGAAAAGGCUCCUGGAAGUGCACCAGGCAGCACGACAGGAGGCGGUGAAAGCCCCCUGGAUGCCAUUUGCCUCAGUGAAUCCGAUAAGACAGCAGUUCUGACUCUGAUCAGAGAAGAGAUUAUAUCUAAGGAAAUCGAAGCCAAUGAAUGGAAGAAAAAAUAUGAAGGAAGUCGACAGGAAGUUUUGGAAAUGAGGAAGAUUGUGGCUGAAUAUGAGAAGACAAUUGCACAGAUGAUAGAGGACGAGCAGAGAACCAACAUGACGUCCCAGAAGAGUCUCCAGCAGCUGACGAUGGAGAAGGAACAAGCGUUGUCUGACCUGAAUUCGGUGGAGAGAUCUUUGUCCGAUUUGUUCAGGAGAUACGAGAACCUCAAAGGAGUCCUGGAAGGUUUCAAGAAGAAUGAAGACGCCUUGAAGAAGUGUGCUCAGGAUUAUCUCAACCGGGUCAAGCAAGAGGAGCAGCGCUAUCAGGCUUUGAAAAUCCAUGCGGAGGAGAAAUUAGACAAAGCCAAUGAAGAAAUUGCUCAGGUCCGUACUAAGGCCAAAGCUGAGAGUGCAGCUCUCCAUGCUGGACUUCGAAAAGAACAAAUGAAGGUUGAGUCUCUUGAAAGGACCCUCCAGCAGAAGAACCAGGAAAUCGAAGAGUUGACCAAGAUCUGCGAUGAGCUGAUUGCCAAGUUAGGAAAGACCGAUUGAUGACGUCACCAUCAUCAUCAUCUGGAGCACCAUUCUUGGUUUUCUCCCUGCUGUCCGCCAUAUUUUCCAGCAAGCAUCUUGCCUUAUUUCCCCCCCCACAGAAAUAACCUUUUCCCCUUUUACGGCAGCAAGAAAAAAGCACAUGCUUCUGUGUCAAAGGUCUGCCGUCUGCAAGAGGAGCGACAAUUGCCCCGUUUGUACUCAUUUCCUGCCCUGGUGAACCUCCCUUGCCUGGUCAGUAUUUUGCAGGCUCUCCUGACUGCAUGAAGCCCAACGGAUAGAAGGAGGGACACACAGGUUAACGAUGGCGAUAGCGUCGCACGGAAGGGUUCCUGCACUGCACUUGGUUGAGGCUGUGGCCCACAGUACCACAAGGACAGUCACCUACAGAGAGAGCAGUUUUUUUGGCAGCCGGCAAGCAAGAAAUGCAGCUUAAUUGACUACAUGUUUCCCUGCAUGCAACUAGCCUCAUCCCAGCAAGGUCACAGAUGGGAUACGACUGCCUCUAAAAGCACAAGGGGGCAAAGCCAAGGCAGAUGCCACUGUUCCUCAAGGGAGAAUGCCCAGAUGAAAAUGGGAUUGGCAUUCGUUGAGAGCGUGGCCUCUUUGCAGUAGGCCACGGAGAAGAAGGAACUCACUCCCUGUCUUGACCGACACCAAGGAGCUGGAAGGCGCUUUGAUUCAUUACGCAAGAAAUCCGUAAGCCCUAAAGGCAGCCUUCGUAGUCCCGAGGGGCCACGAGAUGUGGGGGUUUUGAGUUUAGCGGUUAUCCCAGAUGUGGUGCUGCCAGCUUGGGGGCGUUUUAGAUGCUGGGAUCUGCCAAUCUGAAAAGCACUUGGGACGAAGAAGUUAAUAUAAGGUGCCAUAGGUCUUUUAAAGAGGUAUAGCCAGCUGGAUUGGGAUUUGUCUUAGUGCAGGGGUCUCCAACCUUGGCAGCUUUAAGACUUGUGGACUUCAGCUCCCAGAGUUGAAGUCCACAAGUCUUAAAGCUGCCAAGGCUGGAGACCCCUGUCUUAGUGCACUUUAGGGCAAUAGCACGAGUGUAGUGGUUCACAACUCACCUGAAGACAACACGCACAGAAUGAACUUGAGUGAAGAAGAGAAACUGUCAGAAAUCCCUAAAAGCACGCACACACACACACACACACACACACACACACAAAUCCACACACACACACACACACAGCACAAACAAUGACACGCACAGCCCACCCGUUCCUUGUGUUAGUAGUUUUUCUCUGUCCAGACAGAGGAUGGAACGGAACUCAAACUCAAAGAAGUCAUACCUCCUUGCGCCAACUGCUGAUGACUAAACUCCUUCCUGGGCUUCAUUCCCUGAGGAUUUGAUAUUGUUUCGAAAUCUAAAACAAUUCACAAAGAACAUUCCUCCCUCCCUCACUGCUCUCAGUUGAGAUCAUUAAAAUGGAUAUCUGUCCAGGACCUGCAAUGGUCCUGCGAGUUUUGCGAUGAUCCACAAAUGUUGUUUAUCAGUCAGGUCCUUGCUUUCAGGCUUGAGAUCUUUUCACAUUCUUCUCCAUUUUUUGGGUGGAAGCCAGUUAUAAGUGCAUUAAGGAACUCAACAAAGUCAAUACUUGGGAGAGGCCCCCCAAGUUGUCCUGGUCCAGAUGUUGGAGCUGCCAGUCCCAGGAUUGAGAUUCGUAAUUGCAACACAUCUGCAAGAUGCCAUUCGGGGAUGGCAGGCUGGUGUGAACAUUUUGUUGUUUCAUGUCAAUGUUGGCUUCUUACAUACUCUGGCUGUAUCAAGUAAAGGAUGGAGAUUUUUUCUCUCUCUCUCUGCCUGCGGAUUCAAAGGUAACCAGAUGUUGAAAUUCUUGGCACACAGAUCCUCUCUGGCUAUUCCACCUGGGCUAAAUUCUGCCUGGAGUCCGGCUGUAGAAAGGGAGUUCCAGAGAUCAGCCCAUUUGUGGGUGGUUGUCUUAGUCACAAACGGAGAGGAGCUGCACUAGGGAACUGUUCAAAGCCAUCGUGCAUGGGGAGAAGAGCUCCAUUUCCGGGGCCUACCAAAAUGGUCCAUAUCUCCGUCUUGCAAUUCCCAAACGUGUAAGGGCUUCGGGCCAAGUUGUUAACUCUUCCCUAGUGUUAUGGUGACAAUUUCCACAACUUCUAGUACUGGCUGGAAAUAAUUGGAAUUGUAGUACAGCACAUCUGCGGAGCAUCUUCAGUAAGAAGCUUCUUGUCUUCAGAGAUAAAGAGAAUGAAAUACAUUUGACCAAUAAUAUAAAACCUUCCUGAGUAGGAACUCCACUGUCAACCUUGCCUUUCUCUCUUGCAAUGUCUCAUGAGGUUAACUUUCAAUUGAAACUCAAUCUGCUCUUCUGCCCUUUGCUAUCACACAUCAUCUACCAGGCUGUUGCCUCCCACUGAGAUGCUAUCAUUGAACAGAGUUGAGAUGUCAUCAAAGGUUUAAGCCAGGCCAAAUUCCUUGGAUCCAGAGCGCUUGGGCUCAGGGUGUUUGGUGGAAAAUCACGCUACGGAGCGAUAAUUGAAUCUGGCACUACCGGGGAUAGCAUUGGCUUAACCGCAUGUUGGAUCUGGAUCUAGGAACUUUAAUUGGCCUCACCAGGCAAUAGAUUCUCGCCUGUGGAAUCGCAUUUGGAAGAGCUGUUUUGCUAUAAUUUUCGGAAGACCUGUUUUUCAGUUCCGAUAAAACAGUGAUCUUGCAAGUGAUCGUAGUUUUAUGGAGUUGCGUGCUUUAUAGCAGCUGUCUUAGUGGGCCUCCUUCAACUGAGUCAGGGACGGAGAUCUUGUGGCCUUCAAGAACUUCAAUGGAGUUGCAUCAACCCCAACUGGUCUGGGAAUUGCACGCACAUCUUGGCUACAAGUUUUUUUUUCCACCUUUGACUAAAGAAAGGAGGAACUAGAAAACCCAACGGUUGUUGUCCUGCAAGCAAAAUCCUGCGUCUUCUUCCAGAGCUCUGUGGUUGUAACACCAUCCUCCAGCUGUUGGCUGGAUGCUCAGUGCUUGCACUUUUGUCUGUGGUGUGUUUUGUGCGGGUGGGGGGGGGAGUGUGUCUUCACACACACACUGUGCCAAAUGCUCUCUGUUUUGUGCCUCAAGCAUGCCACUAAAGGGUGGGCAAAAAAGAUUCCUAAGGAAUGGUAUUAUUAACUAUAAUAUGGUUAUUAUAGUUUGUUCAGAUAUGAAAAUUGUGUGCGCGUGCAUGGGUGUGUGUGUAUAAUAUAUAUAUAUAUAUAUAUAUAUAUAUAUAUAUAUAUAUAUAUAUAUAUAUAUAUAUGUGUGUGUUUUCUGAGGUUUUCGCGGGUGUUUGUAUGUAGGUAUUUGGUUAUUCGGGUUUUCUCCCGCGUAAAAUUGGAGGUUUCUUGGCGAUGUUUAAAAUUGGAAGUGUCUUGUCUUGGCGACAUUUCGACAAAGUCUCAUUCGUCAUCUUCAGGCUUCAGCUUCGUGUUUCUGGGAGCAAUGUGUGAUCGCAGCUGUUUCUUCCUUUUAACUGCUUUUAACUGCUUCCUUUUAACUGCUAGUGGGGGUUUCUUCUGCUGGGGGGGUUGCUUCUUCCUUUUAACUGCUAGUGGGGGUUUGCAGUUAAACUAGCAGUUAAAAGGAAGAAA